AUGGCGGAGGUUCAACCAAGUACGCAGUCACAGCCCGUUGACCAGUCAGGGCCAUCCCAAGCACGGCCGACCAACCCAGCGCCAGAUUCCCAAGCGUUGGUGGUCCAACGGCCUGGGCAGCAGGGGCUGCGGAGAUAUCUAUACUCGGGCCUCGUUGCGGCGCUCGCCGUUUCUGUCUCACUGUUCCGCUUUGGCACGAGCGUAUUCCCAUUCGGCGCCAGCCUGAGGGCCGAUGACUACGCCGGCAGAACGCGGCAUGUGCUCUCGACGACGCCUCUGAUCGACGGCCACAAUGACCUCCCGUAUGUCGUCCGGCAGGAGCUCAAAAACAAGAUCUACAGCCCUCGUUUUGAUUUUGCCGGCGCCCUCCUCAGCCACACGGAUCUGGGCAAGAUGCGGAGCGGCCAGAUGGGCGGCCAGUUUUGGAGCGUCUACAUGGAAUGCCGCGAGGAAGGCGUGGCGCAGAUGGAGGAUGCCACGUGGGUGGUGCGAGACACCCUCGAACAGAUUGAUGUCGUCCGGCGUCUGAUCGCCAAGCAUCCAGACGACCUGCAAUUCUGCGUCACGCCGGCCUGCGUCCGCACCGCCUUCGCGGCCGGGAAGAUCGCAAGCAUGAUUGGCAUCGAGGGGAGCCACCAGCUCGGCAACUCGCUGGCCGUGCUGCGCCAGACCUUCGAGCUCGGCGCCCGCUACCUGACCAUCACGCACAACUGCGACACGCCCUUCGCCACCUCGGCCACGUCGGUCGCCGCCGGCGGCGCGGACGGCGGGCUGACCCCCUUCGGCCAGCGGCUCGUCGCCGAGAUGAACCGGCUGGGCAUGCUCGUCGACCUCGCGCACGUGUCGCCGCAGACGAUGCGCGACGCGCUGGGCGCCAGCGCCGCGCCCGUCAUCUUCUCGCACUCGGGCGCCUACGCGCUCAACCGGCACCUGCGCAACGCCCCCGACGACGUGCUGCGGGGGCUCCGGGCCAACGGCGGCGUCAUCAUGGUGCCCUUCGUCAGCUUCUUCUUCCGCACGGACGACACCGGCGGCGCGAGCAUCCACGACGUCGCCGACCAGAUCUUGUACAUUGCCGACCUCAUCGGGUGGGAGCACGUGGGCCUCGGCUCGGACUUUGACGGGUCGGAUUCCAUGGUCAGGGGCAUGGAGGAUACCUCAAAGUACCCCGACCUUAUACAGCUGCUCAUGAAGCGGGGCGCGACAGACAAGCAGAUCCGUCUGCUCGUGGGAGAGAACAUCCUGCGCGUGUGGACGGCUGUGGAGAAGCAUGCCCAGAGAGCUCAGUCGACGCUGGGCGAGCUGCCCAUAGAAGACGUCUGGGAUGGGCGGGAGUGGUCCCAUGUACACGAUGCUGAUCUUCCACUCAUGUUUCACGACAGCAAGAAGGAGAGGCGAGAGGCUUACUGA